AUGCCGAAAGCCUUGUGCUUGGGAACGGGGCUGCCCUCGAGCAAUCUCCAUUCGCCUGGAUCUCUCCAGCUGCCGAGGAAGCUCAGGAUCGUCGUGCAGAACAGGCAGCGGCCAGCAGAGGGCUCGGGUUAUAAUAUCGAGAAGGAGGCGAAGGGAGUCCAGGCGCCCCUUCCCUUCGCUGUGCUCCCAGAGGGGUCGGCGGCGGACCUGAGCUUUUCAGGCAGGAAUUUGGGAACGCUGCACGGCAACCUCGGAGGGAGGUACGCGGCAGCUCCUGCACCCCCACGCACCAGCCGUGCAGGUCGGCUCAAGAGUCCCGCGGCGUCGCCUUCCUUCCCCGACCGGAGUGAGAACUGGCCACGGGCCGCGGCAGCCAUUAAAUUCUUCCUGCGCUGUUGUGUAGACGGACUGCGGCGAAGGAGAGCUGUUAACAAAAUGCUGACCCAGGAAAUCAAGACGACCUUUAAACAGGAAGAAGAGGAGAAGGUACAGCAGCACGACCCCCACUUGAAGGACUUCAGAGAAGUGCAGAAGACACCUGAGGAACAUGCGGUCCAGAAGAAACACAACUGUUCCAUCUGUGGAAAGAAUUUUUGCCGCCGCUCAGAUCUUGUCCGACACCAGAAACUCCACUCGGGAGACAGGCCCUUCACCUGCACCAAGUGUGGGAAAGGAUUUGUCCAGAGCACCCACCUCAUUGCCCAUCAGAAGAGCCACACCCGAGAAAAGCCCUACUAUUGUCCUCACUGCGGGAGGAGCUUCAAUCAGAUCUUGAACUUCACCAGGCACCAGAGGACUCACUCCCAGGAGCCCCCUUUCAAAUGCUCCGACUGUGGGAAAACCUUCAGCCGCAGCUCGAACCUGAUCAUGCACCAGAGGACGCACACAGGAGAACGACCCUACAAAUGCUUUGACUGCGGGAAUAGUUUCAGUCGGAGUUCCACCCUGGUGACUCACCAGAGGACCCACACCGGCGAGAAACCUUUUAAGUGCCAGGAUUGCUGGAAGAGCUUCGGCAGACGCUCCACCCUGGUCAUGCACUUGCGGACUCACACCGGGGAGAAGCCGUACAAGUGCUCUGACUGCCCUGAAACCUUCAGCGUGAAGUCUGGCCUUCUGAGUCACCAGAGAAUCCAUAUGACCGAGAAGCCCUACCUGUGCCUGGAGUGUGGCAAAAACUUCUGCCGCAGUGCGGACCUCAUUAUACACCAGAGAAUUCACACUGGAGAAAAACCCUAUCAGUGCAACGCCUGUGGCAAGAAAUUUAAUACGAAUUCCCACCUUGUGACCCAUCAGAGGAUCCACACGGGAGAAAAACCCUAUAAAUGCCCCGAAUGUGGGAAGAGCUUUUCUUACAGUUCAGUUCUGGUGGGCCAUCAGAGACUUCACACAGGAGAGAAACCUUACGCCUGUCUCGAGUGUGGGAAGACUUUCCGUAACAAUUCACAUCUCAUCACUCAUCACAGAGUACACUCGGGAGAGAAACCUUACACGUGUCCAGAGUGUGGUAGAAAUUUUAGUGUAAGUUCAAAUCUUACAAAGCAUCGGAAAAUCCAUGAAAGAGAGACAUCCUUGAAAUAUUCUGAGUAAGAAACGCAGUGGAUGGGAUUCUGAUUAGCUACUCAAGAUGCUUAAAAAGAAGAUAACAAAAAUAUAUGGCUUAUUCGGGGAAUUUUGCUAGAAAGUCCAAAUGCUUGCGGUAAGGAAAGCCAAAAUGAAAGUAGACAUAAGAGAGCGAAGAAUGUACAAGUAGUCCUAGACUUACGACCGCAAUUGAGUCCAAAAUUUCCGUUGCUAAGCAAGUGAAUUUUGUCCCGUUUUUACGACCUUUCUUGCCAUCAUUCUUAGUGAAUCACUGCCAUUGUUAAGUUAGUAACAUGGUUGUUAAGUGAAUCUGGCUAUCCCAUUGUCUUUCCUUGUCAGAAGGUCGCAAAAAGGGAUCACAUGACCCCGGGGACACUGCAACUGUCAUAAAGAUGUAAGAGCCUUGGUAGUACAGUGGUCUAAAGCACCCCGUUAUUAAGACCAGCUGCCUGCAAUUACUGCAGGUCCGAAUCCCGCCAGGCUCAAGGUUGACUCAGCCUUCCAUCCUUUCUAAGGUAGGUAAAUUGAGGACCCAGUUUGUGGGGGCAAUAAGCUGACUUUGUAUAAAUAUACAAAAGUAUGAAGGCUAUUGCUUAACACAUUGUAAGCUGCCCUGAGUCUCCGGAGAAGGGCGGCAUAUAAAUCAAAAAUUAAAAAAAAAAAAAAAUACAUGCCAGUUGCCAAGCAUCCAGUUUUGAUCAUGUAACCGUGAGGAUACUGUAACAAUCAAUAGUGUGAAAAACAGUCGUAAGUCACUCUUUUCAGUGCUGUUGUAAUUUCAGGCAGUAAAUGAAUGGUUGUAAGUCAAGGACUACCUGUAUGCCAUAUCUUGUACGAAAGGAUUUCAUUAUUAAAAGAUCCUUGAUUUUUUAAAAAAAAUUCUCUUUUAAGAAUGGGAUCUGAUGAGGAAGAUGUAUUGAGUUCAGAUUCAGGCAACAAGGAAACAAGCAUGUUUUUCUUUCUCUCCAAAAUAAUGUAACACAAAAAAAGUAUAUUUGCAUACUUUUACUUGCUUGCUUGCUAUUGCAAAAUCCUAAUUUUUAACAUAUUGUGGAAGCCUAAGAUACGCGGUGGCUCAGUGACACUGAGCUUGUCGAUCGAAAGGUUGGCAGUUCAGCGGUUCAAAUCCCUAGAUUCUGCCAACCUAGCAGUUCGAAAGCACAUAAAAAAUGCAAGUAGAAAAAUAGGGACCACCUUUGGUGGGAAGGUAACAGCAUUCCGUGCGCCUUUGGUGUUUAGUCAUGCUGGCCACAUGACCACGGAGACGUCUUUGGACAGCGCUGGCUCUUCGGCUUUGAAACAGAGAUGAGCCAUGCCCCCUAGAGUCGGGAACGACUAGCCCAUAUGUACGAGGGGAACCUGUACCUUUAACAUACGGAAAUUAUGGAAAGAUACAGUAGCAGUAGGGAGAGGGCCUUUUUUUUUUUUUUUUUGCAAAGUCACACACUUGGGGGAUUCCAGUUGUUUAGGAUAGUCAUCAAGAAGUGUCAAUCAACUGUGAGGCAAAUAGUUCAAAAUAUUAUUGGAACUUAAAAUGUCUGAUUCAAUUCUGCUGUAGCUCCUAUGCUGUUAAACUGCUUAAGCGUUGAAUAAACAGAAAGGCGGGAUAUGAUAAAUAAAGAUGGUCUUUUUACUCGGCUGCCAAAAGUGUAGGCUAAUGUGUGAACUGUAACAGUUUUUAUUUAAUCCACCAAGGAAGAUGAAGAUGUGCAAAAUAAAAUGAAUUGCCCCCAAACUAAAUCCCUAAUAAGACCUAGCUUUCUUUAAUUUUUGUGAGCUCUCAGGCUACUGAAUUUUCUGUGCAGCCUUAAGGAUUACAAAGCUAGUUUCAUUCCAGCAGUUUCCAUGUCAGGAUACCUAAUUUUGCACUUGUGCAGUCCAACUGUCUGGGUGUGAAAGUCACAAACGUAAUUAAUUGCUAUUGAUUUGGUCUUAAUUUUUUGCUGACACACAAAGCUAACUCUGUUGCUGUUAAGUGUAUGAAAUCAUUGGAAAACUUUGACAGUAUCAUGGCAAAGAAACUAGUGUAGAGGUAGUCCUUGACUUAUGACCACAAUGGAGCCCAACAUUUCUGUGGCUAAGGCAGUUAAGAAAACUAUGCCCCAAUUUACGACCUUUUUUGCCACAGCUGUUAAGCGAAUCACUGCAGCUGUUAAGUGAGUCAUAAAGCCAUUAAACAAAUCUAGCUUCCCCCAUUGACUGCUGGCUGGGAAGGUUGCAAAAGGUGAUCACAUGACCCCAGAACAGCGCAACUGUCAUAAAAUACCUGCCAAUUGCCAGGAAUUUGAAUUUUGAUCAUGUGACCAUGGGGAUGUUGCAAUGGUGGUAAGUGUGAAAACUGGCCGUAAGCCACUUUUUUCAGUGCCAUUGUAACUUAGGUCAUUAAAUAAAUGGUUGUAAAUCAAGGACUACAUGUAAUGUGGUUCACA